AGUAAGCUAAAGCCCCGUGCAAACAGACGCAACUUUGUUGGGAGUUGUUAUGUUCGUUUGCACGUAGCUGAAAGUUUGAUCGGUUUCAAACUUUGCGCAACAACUCCCAACAACAUGCAACAACAUGCAACAGGGUGUGCAAACGGACACAACGUGUAACAUCUGUUGUGAAGUAUUUUGAAAGUCAUUUUUAAGAUUUUUCUCAUCUUUUAAGUUAAUUUUUUGUUUCAUUAAGUGGGUCAAAGUUCGUCUAGAUUUUGUCCACGUAGGUGUUUUCCUAUUUGAUCUUUUAGUACAGCUCGCGGAUUUACUUAAAGUCAUUUUAGGAACGUUGUUCGCUGCUAUUGAUGAUUUGAACAGUGACGUCAUCAGAUUGCAAAGUCAAAAAAGCGAUAUUUUACGAAUUCUUAUUUACACUAGGUUGAAAAUAAAUAGAAAAUAAAUCUUUGUAGAGUUACCAGCACCAAAGCAUGUUUCAUCUCGAACUUCCGAGUUUUCACAGUGCGUGACACCAAAAAGGAAUGCUGUUUCAUUGAAAAAAGUCAUUCCUCUUGAUUUUUAGCAGUUUAACCAUUUCAAGUGUUAAAAGAUGUGUUUUUGUGCACGUAUGCUAGCUCUCGAGAGAAAAGGAACAGCUUUUGUAGAAAAAGUGAACUCCAGAUCUUUUUGCUGAUUUCCGGCGGGCAUAUUAGUGGACAGUUUCUGUCCACCAAUUUAAUAUGGCGCCUCCAUACAAAGCGCUAACGAAGGUGCGUGAAAUGUUUAGGCAAAUAACUUAGAAACUGUGGACCACAAAGACCUGAGAUUUGGAUAAAUUGUUUAUAUAUUAGUCUUUUACAACAAUUCAUUUUCUUGGCUUCUUCCACAGGACGGUUUCCAAUUUAUUUUUUGUGCCGUGUUUAUUGCGUGAUAGUGAAAACGAAGAAUUGUACGAAUAUUGUUACGUUACCAUAGGUGGCCGUUUUUGUCAUGUCAGCGAUGACAUUGGUUCAUUAGUCUCGUUGAAGUUCCUGUUUGGGCUUGUUAACCAGCAUUUUAGUUUUUCAUCGGUUUGUAACUAUUGCUGAUCACAACCAUGUAGGUUAAGUGCUAGUCAGUACUGUAGUUCAUACGGUAUUAAAGGCAGUCACUUGCAAAGUACAUUAUAAUGUCGAGACUAAGACGAAAUAAUUAAGGAAUUGUGCAUUAUUAAAUGCACUCUCAUCGUCACAUAUCUCAUUUUUCAGUAUGUCAACACAACUGGAGCUCGAAUGUGUUUAAAAGAGCUGUACGAGUCAAAGUACGACCCUCUCUCUGUAUCAUAUACUGUCUUGUCAGGUAAGAACGGUUUAAUGGCAUUCUUGUUUUAGCAACACAUAGAUUUUACUGAUUACUCACAACUAAUUUAUUAUGAAUGCAUACAGAGAUAACUUAAAUACGAGGGUCAUUUCAUUAAUAUAGGAAGGCGAUCAUUUUAAAUAUUAGCUCCCUGGAAGUUGUUCAAUGUUUUUGCUUCUGAUUAUUCCAUUUAAUCAGUACAUACUGCUCUCAAUUUGACGUCGUUAGUUUUGUUUUCCUCUUUUUCUCCUGCUAAGGGUAUCGGCCGCAUAUAAGCAGUUGGAAUGAUCUUUGUGAAGCUGCCUCGUUCCCAGUCGUUCGCGUUGCUUGCCUACAUUUCUCGCGCUUAUCAAUUGUUCCGUUCUGCCUACUAAGACUUGGGAAAGCCUGUGGACCAAAUGCGUAGGGAUUUCUAAACUGCACGGUCGUUUUAUAUCUUUAUCACAGAUAUUUGCCAGCCAAGAUGGAGUUAUUUUGGUGGCUACUGUUACUUUACAAGUCGUGCAUGCGCCUCGUGGCUGACCGCUGAGUCAAAGUGUUCUACGAUGAGUUCCAAUUUGGUAACGGUUCACAAUCAAGAAGAAAAUGUCUACGUUCAACACCGUCACAACGGAGAGAGAUCUUGGAUUGGACUUAACGACCGAAGUGUGGAGGGCUCCUUUGUGUGGACAAACAAAGAAAUAAGUAGUUUUAGGUUCUGGGCCCCACAGCAACCCAACGACUGGAAAAACGAAGACUGUGUUCACACUCUUGGCGCCAAGCAUGGUUACACUUGGAAUGAUGUGCCAUGUACUAACUGCUAUAACUACACCUGUUUUAAAGGUACGAAGCAUAGCCUUUUUUUUUAUCUAUGUUAUUCCUUAUGAGCCAUAUAGCGCUUCUAGACAAUUUUAAAACUGCAUUUUUUAAUGUCGAGCUUACAUCGUAGGUCUUUCACAAUCCUUUACUACGUACGUUAUGAUACAAGCUGCACGUUCUAAACUAAUAACACCUAAUAUGCAUACUAAUCACUAGGCGUGUCACGCAUGCGGUCACGCCAUUACAUCUCUCCCCCCAUCACGUGGAUGGGACGCAACGGUGCGAACGAAAACAGCAAACAAAAAUAAAUAAAUAAACUAAAUAAAUUAAAUGUUGCUAAUAACGAGUAAGCCCUUGUGUCCUUUACAGGCUCUAAUGUAGCUAGUAGACACGCAAAUUCUCGCUAUUCGCAAAUAAAGUCCUUAUAUUUAGUGUCCUUUGUGGAUCUUGUUUUCCUUCUGAGCCUGUCCAAGGGCACAUGUCUUCGCUCUGUGUCACGGUCUGAUCCGGGCUGCCGAGAUCUCUGCCUACUCUCGUACUCAGCUGUGUCGCUGUUUGCUCUUGGCUGCUCAUGACCUUGCCUUGAUUCACUGGAUCUGUCCGCUGGAACUGCAUCUCCACUUGGCCCUGCUAAGGGUCUGUCCGCUGGCAAUGCAUCCCCACUCGGCCCUGCUAAGGAUUGCUCUGGACAUUCAAUUAUAACUUCAUCCGGUUCAAAUGCCUCACCGCUGUCAGAAUCAUCACACCGCGGUGAUUCCCUACAACCAUUUUUGAGCAGUUUCCAAUCGGCGUAAUUCCUGGUGCGAAUCCUAACACUGUUCUUGGCAGUGACUAAGCUUCCCUUGACGCCAAUGACUACCAUAGGCUCCGGGUCAUACAGAGGGGUCAGGCUGUUUUUACGUUCCUGCUUGCACAACACAGUGUCCCCGACUUUAAUUUUCAUCACGGCUGUGUGUCUUCUUUUAUCAGCAUAUUGUUUCAUCUUCUGUUUUUGUUCUCGGUCCCGACAGCGGAUCAUCGUGUCAUCCCUGUAUUUAGGCUGUCCCUUGACUUCAGGGAACUUUCCACGUAAUUCCCUUCCGAACAUGAGCUUGUUCGGGCUGACUCCAGUUGUCGCAUGCUCAGUUGCUCUGUAUGCCCUGAUUCCCCGGUUCACUUCAUCCCUCACGGGUUUGCCUUCCAAAGAGGCGAUCCGAGCGGUCUUCUUUACUCUCUGCAUGAACCUUUCUACAUCGCCGUUGGCUUCUGCCCACCCGGGUGUCACUUUCCGGUGCUUAAACCCCUCCUCUUUUACGUAUUCUUCGAAUUUAUGGCUGUUGAAGGGCGGUCCGUUAUCUGAUUUGAUUUCUUUUGGCACUCCAUAUGUGUCGAACACCCUCUUGAAAGUCGGUAUUGUUGCUUUCUCGCUCGUGGACCCCACGAAUUCAACCACUGGGUAUCUGGCAUAUUGACAGUAAAAUACGAGGGCGAGGUCAUCACUCGCCAUUGGUCCGCAAAAAUCCACGCUGACCUUCUCCCACGGUCCUUCCGGUAGGUCUGUCAUCCGGAGUGGCUCGCGAUGCGUUUGCGGCGUGUUAGAUUGGCAGGCGAUGCAAGUGGACACGAACUUGUCACAUUGUGAGUCCAUUCCGGGAAACCAUACAUGUGCUCUCAAAAGCUGUUUUGUUCGCACCUGGCCCUGAUGACCCUCGUGCGCAAUUUCCACCAUUCUAUGUCUGAGUUUUGCGGGCACAACGAUCCGAUCCCCUCUCAAGACAAUCCCGUCUACUAUGGUUAGUUCAUGGAAAACUUGCCGAAAUUCGUGUGUCCUUGUAUCGUUUGUGUCUAUCCAGCCUUGGUUGAUGUACUUCUUUAGUGCUUGAAGUGCUGGAUCUUCCUCAGUGGCGUCCUUUACCUGGUCUCUGGUGACAGCUUUGGGCGUGCUGCACGUUACCACAUAGUUUACAUAAUGCCGUACCUCCUUAGUCGUUCUCAAUUCGGACUUGGAGCACUCGUGAAGUGGCAUAGGGUGACGUGAUGUGUAAUCUGAUAUGUUCUCUUUCCCAGGACGGUACUCUACUAUGAAAUCAUAGUCCAUCAUACGAUUGACGAUCCUUUGGACCCGGAUCGAAGACGUGUGGGUGGGUUUGUUGAACACACUUUCAAGAGGCUUGUGGUCAGUCACGAUCUUAAAGGGUCUCCCAUACAGGAACAGGUGGAAUUUCUUGCACCCAAAAUCACCUGCUAGAGCUUCUAAUUCAAUCUGGCUAUAUCGUUUUUCCGGGUCGGUGAGGCUCCGACUGGCAUAUUGCACCACUCUCCAACAUUGUUCUCCAGGCUUUCUCUGCGUAAGUGUCGCGGCCAAACCCACAGGGCACCCAUCAAUAUGAAGCUCGUGCUCCGCCUGGGGAUCAAAGUAUGCUUGGACUGUGUCGCUACUGAGCAUGUUCUUAAGUUCCUCGAAUGCUUCUGAGUGUUCCGGUUCCCAUUCGAAUUUUCCGGUCACUAGCUCACCCAGUUUGCACGCCGCUUUCUGAUACUGUCUGGCUUCCAUGAAUCGUGAACUAUAUCUGACCGUACAGAGGAAUGAGUUAAGUUCGGCUGCAUUUCUAGGGCGUCCUGCAGAUUUAAUGGCUUUCACUUUGCAUGGGUCUGGAGAUACUCCAUCUUUAGAGAACAUCAAGCCAUAGUAGACCACGCGAUCUUUUCUGAAUUCACAUUUUGCUCUGUUGAAUGUGACAUUCUUUUCGCGGCUUCUCUCGAGUAAUGCUACCAGGUUUGCAUCGUGUUCUUUUUUGUCACGCCCAUGCACAAUGAUGUCAUCACUUAUGUUGAAAACUCCCUUCAGGUCGUGCGUCAAUUCCUCUCUGAUCGUCUCUUGAAAUAUCUCUGCCGCUGACCUUGUACCAUAGUUGAGCCUCUUAUACCUGUACAAGCCAAUGUGAGUUGAAAAGGUCGUUACGUUCCGCGAACUUUCUUUGAGUUCAAGUUGGUGGUAUCCCUUGCUCAUAUCCAGGUGGGAGAACACCGUUGACCCGCUCAGCUCGUUGACCACGUCGUCUAUUGUGGGGUGCUGUGUGUGUCUGCGGGGUAUUGCCUGAUUUGCCACGCGCAUGUCCACGUUCAGACGUAUCUGGCUCUGAUCUUUCUUGGGCGUAACCACAGGCGGUGACACCCAUCCUGUAGGUUCGUUGACUUUUUCAAUGAUGUCUUGAUCAAUAAGAUGCUUUAUUUCUUCUUCCAUCUUCUGACGUACGCUGAACGGUUGCCGGCGUGGUGGCUGUGCAACCGGCUUAAAAUCAGGGUCUACAUUCAAAUCGACCUGGAUUCCUUUUAGCUUUCCAAUUCCUUGAAACCGGUCCUUGUAUUCCUCUAACACUUCAUUCAGGUUGUCUGUCCCUUCUGGCUGAUUGCUUUCUGUUGCAAUUGAAUUGGUCACAAGAAUCAUUCCGAGGUCUCUCGCAUCAUUGUACCCGAGCAAAGGUUCGGUGCGGGUGUCUCCUUUUAUUAGCUGCCACGUGAUCACUUUCAUCUUUGUCUUAGAUUCCGUCAGUGCUUCAAAACAACCCAGAACAGGCAGCGUGUUUGCUUUCGACGCUGCCCCGUAUGGUUUUAUUUGGCAUCUUGACUUUCUAACCUUUACUCUUUUGUCUAGGCCGUAUUUCUUGAACGUUGCCUCAUCCAUAGCGUUGACCGUAGCACCGCUGUCCGGUAGUACCGUAAUGUCAACUCCGCUAAUUAGCACUGUUUUUAGGGGCCUAUUGUGUGACUGUCCCACGGGGUUCACCUCUUGCAGCGUGCACGUGGACUCUUCAUCACUGCUGUCCGACGAUGUGUCAGAUAUUUGCUCGCCUCCUUGUGCUAAUUUAAUUUCUUGCUUGUUUUUGCAACACUUUGCAAAAUGGUUUCUUUUGCCACAUCGCGUACACUGUUUUCCAAAAGCCGGGCAUUUUCUUUGCUCCCCCUGGUGUGGCCAACGUUUCCCGCAAUUAAAACACAGUUUUUCUCUACCUUUGUCGACAGUGGUUUUAUUGAUUUCUUGCUUGACAGUCACUUCGGUCGUCGUUUGGUUUUCUACUCUUGUAGCGUGUUGAUCCGCACUCUCAAGGCCACGAGCGUAUUUUAGAGCUUCAGCUAGCGUUAGUUGGUCUUGCAAAAGCUUUCUUCUCACUCUCUUUGAUUUGCCGUUCGUUAUCAUGGCCAUUAAUAUCUCUGUAUCCAACCAUUCUGCCGGAAAAUCACAGUGUUCGCCCUCUGCUUUUAGCCUAGCGAUGAACGAGUCCCAGGUUUCAUCUUUUCCCUGUAUAGUGCAACGAAAUUUGUGUAUAUUGAACAGCCGGUUUUGCGAUUCUUUGAACUUGUUCAGAAGUGCGGUGAUAGCUCCGUCCAAAUCCGUUCCCGUAUCGUCAAGCUGUUCGAAUAUAUCUAUUGUGGCUUCGCCUAUCGAAUCUAGGAACAAUGAUCUUUGUUGGUGCUUGUCUGUGAUGUUGUAGGCUUUCAAGUGGUUGUUCUUGAACCGCUUAGCAUAUUGUGAGAAGCGCGCGUAUACCGUUUCGGGGUCAUUCCGAACAUCGAAUUCGGGAAAUUGUUUGUAUCCAAUGUUUACCGCCAUUCCACUUUUACCUCGUCGCCAAUUUAAUGUCGAGCUUACAUCGUAGGUCUUUCACAAUCCUUUACUACGUACGUUAUGAUACAAGCUGCACGUUCUAAACUAAUAACACCUAAUAUGCAUACUAAUCACUAUGCGUGUCACGCAUGCGGUCACGCCAUUACACAUUUAACAAGGUCGUAGCACAUACAGCAUGUCAUCGAUCGAAACAGAUUGCAUGGAAAAGUAACAACACCGAUCAGACUAAGUGAAUUAAGUGUACUUCGGUGUUGGAAACAUUGAGGAUUACUACUUAAAUUUGCCAAAAAGAUGUCCAUAUACCGAAAAAGGGCGGCGAGAACCUGAAAUUGGUAUCACAAAUUGAUUUAAAGAAAUAUUGGGAGUCGAAUUACAUUCCACCAUUUUGUCCAGGAAAACGUUCCGUUCCGUUGUAGUCUAGUCAUUCUAAAGUUAGACCUUGAACUAAUUGCAACAGAAAGUCCGUUUGCGCCAAACAACUAUUUAAGUGACCCUAACCAACAUAUUAAAAGUCUACCAAAAUCUACCCGGCGGAAAAUCGUUAAUUUACCGAAAGAUUUUCAACUAAUUUGCAUAAUUUCAAAAGGGCUGCUUGUUUGUGUUUUUUGGAAUGUUAAAAAAGCGCAGCUGAAAAUCAACGUCAUGAAAUAAGUUAUUUAGUUGCUCUAACCAACAUAACAAAAAUUCAGAAAAAUCUAUCCAAGAGAAACGCUCUCAUUCGCUAAGAACUAUUAUGAAUAAUUUAAAAAUGGUGGCUUGUCUGCUUUUUGAAACAAUUU